UUUGCUCACCAUCACGUUCGUUCGUUCGUUCUAGGUCGGGUUCUCGGUGCGUUCACCAACGGACGCUGGUUUAUACGAGUUCGGUCCCGCGACGGCAAUAGACUUGUGUUCGCGUAUGCGCUCUGUUGCAGCUGUUUGCAGCAGCAAAACAAAGCCGUGUACUUAUUUUGUAGUGCCGUUUUUUUAAAUAGUUUAAUUUCAUUGACUAUUGCUUCAACAUUUAUACAAAGGACUGUGUGUGCGCCACCGAAAAGAUUCUAUUACAAAAGGUUGUGAAAUUUGGAAAAUUCUUUAUUUUUCUUCGUCGUUGCUGUUACGGAACUAUCUGCCAGUGACCAGUGUGAAACGAUAGGGAACCGUGUAAGCGUACAAGGGACAAAAAAGACAGCUGCCACACGAUGACGGUUCCGCCCGUGAUGGAGCUUACGGAGGAGGAGAAAGAGGCAAAGCAGUAUUUCAUAAGUCUUUUAGAGGCCUUUUCCAAACCGUGUGACGUUGGAACUGGAGCAGAUCUGGAGAUGCGUCUUCCAGCCUGGUUCGACGAGACCAAAUUCAAGCGCGGCCAAAAGUUCUACAACGACAACCGGUUCGGUAUCCUUCAAGCCAACUUCUGUAGCCUGUUGGUAUUGUUGGCCGAUCCGAAAGGGCUUCGCAUUCUGGAGCACACGAAAAAAUCAAGUACGACGGAGACAGCCCGCAAACGGUACAUAUCGACGUUUCUGCACAUGAGCGAUUGGUACGAGUGUGACCUGGUGCCAGGAUCGAAAUCAUGGAAAUCUCUCUCGCAAGUACGCCGUAUGCAUCUGAGUGCCUCGAAUAGCGCGAAAAAGCGUAACCUAGGAUUCAUCAGCCAACCGGAGAUGGCACUUACCACGUUUGGAUUCAUGGGAUUCGCCCUGGUACGACCGCAUCUGCUUGGCAUUCGCUACGAUAAUCGCGAGGAUCGCGAAGCAUUCAUCCACCUAUGGGCUGUGCUUGGUUUUAUGCUCGGUGUUCACGACGAACACAACAUGUGUCUGUUCCGGCUGGAGGUUGUCGAGAUGAUCUGUCAUAUUGUGAUUCGUUACGUGUUCGUACCAGCGCUCCAACUCGAAACACAACUGCUGCGCCACAUGAUGGGAGCGAUCGUGGAUGCGUUUAUACCUUACAUGCCUUUCCUGUCGUACGAAAGCAUCAUGUUCCUGACGCGUCGUCUUGUUGGCAUUCCCGGCUAUCAGUACGCGUUGGACUUAAAGAAGGAGUACAUCUGUCGAUCGUUGAUAACGAAGGAGGAACUGGACGCAGUAGUGGACUACCUGACACCGCGCGAUGGUUACCGACAGGUGGAAGCGAUGUAUCGUGCGAUAUUCACUGACCAGCUGCGGCUGUACACGGUUAAGGAGCUGCCGGAUGAGAUUAACCAGAAUUACCUGGACACGGUAACAACAGGAACGAACGGUACGUACACACAGCUCCCAGGAGAGGAAGAGGGCAACCAGUCGCAACAUACAAAAUCGUCCGAACAUCAGCUGCGUGAAAUAUUGGGCCUAAAGCACAAUCAAGUAUUGGUAGUGACGACGGUUGAGGACGAGAGUGAAUGGAGCACGUAUAGAAAUGACAGCAAGUUAAAGCUACUUUCGGCCCGCGAUCAAACUAACGUUCGAUUUACGGCGCAGUGUCUCAAUCUCUGCUACACCACAAUUGGUCGCUUUACCAACGAAAUGGCCCUAUCUUUCAUUCUUUAUCGUUUGAAGCGACUACACGGAAAGUGAGUUGGAGUUCUUAUAAAAAGUCGCAAGAAAAUGUGUUUGCCGGUAGUACAAACAACAACGAACAGGGUUAUCGAAAAGCAAUGUAAUUGAGAGUUUAUAUUCAUAAUAUACUAGGGUAUAGAUUUUUAUGAAAAGGUUUCUUAGGCAUGGGACACAGUUUAAACGAGACAGGGAAUAAAUGUAGUUCAAAGCAAUAAAAUGACAUAUUUUACGUAGAGAUUUUA